CUACGUCAACGACAAUAAAGUUAAAUUUUAUGGCACCGCCUCAGCAAAUGUCCGCACCGAUUGAUCCUUUAAGUCACGUGGGAGAUGGAAUUUUCUUGCAGACAAAAACCGCACAAGGCCUAGCUGGUAUAUUUGUUUGGGCAGCACUCUUCAUAACGUGUCAACAGAUUUAUCAACAUUUGCGGUGGUACACAAAUCCCCAAGAACAACGAUGGAUUGUGCGUAUCCUGUUCAUUGUCCCGAUAUAUGCAACGUAUUCGUGGAUAAGUCUCUUGUUUUUCAAUUCGGACAAUGUUUAUGUUUAUUUUUUCACCGUACGAGACUGUUAUGAAGCAUUUGUUAUUUACAAUUUCUUGUCGCUCUGUUACGAAUACCUUGGAGGAGAAGGCAAUAUAAUGUCAGAAAUUCGCGGAAAACCAAUUAAGACAUCUUGCCUCUAUGGGACAUGUUGUCUGAAGGGUAAAACCUACACAAUAGGAUUCUUGCGCUUCUGUAAGCAGGCUACGCUACAAUUCUGUUUGGUGAAACCGCUUGUUGCAUUUAUUAUUAUAUUCCUGCAAGUAUUCGGUCACUAUCACGAUGGUGAUUGGAGUGCUGACGGUGGCUACAUCUACAUCACAGUUAUAUACAACAUCUCUGUUUCACUAGCCUUGUAUGGACUUUACUUGUUUUACUUUGCAACGCGUGACCUGCUUACACCAUUCGAACCCGUUUUAAAAUUCUGUACGAUUAAAUCAGUCAUAUUUCUGUCAUUUUGGCAAGGUGUUGGCUUGGCUAUUUUGGAAAAGGCCAAAGUUAUAUCUCCGAUAGUCGACAGUGCGGGCACUGUUACCUCAGCUGGUACAGUAUCGGCUGGAUAUCAAAAUUUUUUCAUAUGUAUUGAGAUGUUAUUUGCCGCAAUAGCUCUGCGUUAUGCUUUCCCAUAUCAGGUAUAUGCACGCAGUUGUAUUGGGGAUGGUCACGGACGAUCAGUGACUAUGCAGUCAAUUUCCAGCAGUUUAAAAGAAACUAUGAAUCCUAAAGACAUUAUGACCGACGCUAUUCACAACUUCCACCCUCAAUAUCAACAGUACACGCAAUAUAGUUCUGAAGUGACUUCGUCGCAACGCUAUGAAAAACUUUGAAAUUAAAAUUUUGUAAUUAUGAUGAAUGAG